AUGGCUUUACUAGCAUUACUGCUAUUACCGGCGGUUUCCGCCGCAGCCCUGUCGCCCGGGGAUACGGACGCAUGCAAUCCAGACAAAAUGACUGUUUACCGAAUGGUCUUACACACGUAUUGGACGAGGGAGAAAUUUCCGAAACAUUACCCGGAUUGGAGACCUCCGGCCCAAUGGUCACGGAUUUAUGGUGUAUCCCACAACAGGCAAUACGUUUUGUUUCGCCUCGGCCGACGUGUUUCAUUGCCAGUUCGACAGUUUGCUGAAUCAGGACGCCCAGACAAUCUCAGCUCUGGUCCUGGAACUUUUGAUGUAUUUGGUGCAGCGGCUAUAUCUCAGGGAUCAGGCCGAACGGAAGCAGAGUUCUUUGUUGAUGGAAAUCACUCAAGAGUAUCAGUGAUGGCAAAAAUGGUACCGUCUCCGGAUUGGUUUAUAGGAGUGGACAGCUUUGAUCUAUGCGUAGAUGGGAACUGGAUUGAUAGCAUCACAAUUGAGGUCGACCCACUAGACGCGGGGACGGACAAUGGCUUCACAUUCACAGCGCCGAACUGGCCGACCGCACCCCAAGGAGUUACGUACCGUAUAACAUCAAAGUACCCCUCCCACCCCGCCGGGUCGUUCUUUUAUCCCCAUUUGAGGAGACUGCCGCCUAUAGCCACGUUUCAAUUUAUUAAGCUCCGAGAAUACGAACUCUCAGAAGUGUUCCACCGAGAGAAUGACGACCGAAAAUACGAUGUUCUACAAUUAGACAAGCUCAGCCAUAAUAACAUCGAUGUGUUGGAUGGAAACAGGGCACUUUCUAUAGCUGAGGAAGUUGAGAGAGAAGAACAGGCGCCGAGAAUUUACUCAGAAGGCUCAAUGACUACAUCCGAUGGGGCUUACUCAUUUUAUUCUUUAAGCAAUACAACAGUAAUCACAACAGAAGAACCUCGAUCAGCUAAUGAACUACCCACAUCUGGUCCAACUGCAAGCGAGCGAUCUGCGCUGAGGAGUCUUGCGCGCCGCUACCGAGCCCGGCGACGACGUAAAUUGCGCGCGGACAGCACUGAUCCAGCCGAGAGGAGAAAACGGAAAAGAGCUAGGCUUUUAGACUGCCGCGUAUCAGACUGGGGCGAAUGGAGUCCGUGUCGCAGUGAUGGCGGUUGUGUAGGGUCGGCAUUACGAACUCGACGCAUCAUACGCAGGCAGCGACCCGGUGGCUCGCCUUGCCCUCCUACAGCGCAGUCACGGUGGUGUGCUACUAACUGUACUACAACACUGCAGGAAGAUUGGCACAACAACCUAACGUAA